AUGAAAGACCGGAAGCCAUCAUGGGCUAAGCUACGGCGGUUGGACUCUCUCAACUUGGAGGCCGGAAGAGUUUCCAAUAAGCCGCACAACCAUACUACAGGGGGGAAUUGGCAGAGAACGUUGUUGUUAGCGUUUCAGAGCAUAGGGAUCGUGUACGGGGACAUAGGAACCUCCCCACUCUAUGUCUAUUCCAGCACUUUCAGUAAAGGAACUAUUAAUAAUCAGGAUGACAUCCUCGGCGUUCUUUCUCUCAUCAUCUACACCAUUGCCCUCGUCCCCAUGCUCAAGUACGUCUUCAUUGUUCUCCGGGCAAACGACAACGGUGACGGUGGAACGUUUGCGCUCUACUCCUUGAUAUGCCGAUACGCAAAGGUAAGCCUCAUUCCCAAUUACCAACCAGAGGACAGGGAGCUGUCCAACUACAAGCUUGAAACUCCGUCCAACCAGUUGAAACGAGCUCAUAAGAUUAAGGAGAAGCUGGAGAGUAGCAAAUUUGCCAAGCUCUUUCUGUUCACGGUUACCAUCAUGGGAACUUCCAUGGUGAUUGGGGAUGGAGUUCUCACUCCCUCCAUUUCAGUCCUCUCUGCCGUCAGUGGGAUCAAGUCUCUCGGCCAAAACGUGGUUGUGGGGAUUUCAGUGGUGAUCUUGAUCAUUCUCUUUUCGGUUCAGCGAUUAGGCACAGACAAAGUAGGUUCCUCUUUCGCUCCCAUCAUCUUCGUCUGGUUUUCGCUCCUCACAGGCAUCGGUCUUUACAACAUAUUCAAGCACGACAUCGGUGUGUUACGUGCUUUCAAUCCACAAUACAUCUUCGAAUACUUCAAGAGAAAUGGAAGAGAGGGAUGGAUUUCGCUCGGGGGCAUUUUUCUGUGCAUCACAGGGACGGAGGCCAUGUUUGCUGAUCUGGGCCACUUCAACAUCCCAGCAAUUCAAGUAACUAGCUAGCUAUAUAAAUACAUACAGAUACAUAUAUAUGUAUACAUAUAUUUUAAUUAUUGUUGUUAUUAUUUGUUGCAGCUGAGUUUUUCUUGCAUAGCUUUUCCUGCCUUACUCACUGCAUAUGCAGGGCAAGCCGCAUAUCUCCGCAAGUUCCCUCAUGAGGUGGAGGAUACUUUUUACAAGUCUAUACCAGACCCUCUAUACUGGCCCAUGUUCGUUGUGGCAGUAGCUGCUUCUAUCAUCGCUAGCCAGGCUAUGAUAUCUGGGGCGUUCUCUAUCAUCUCCCAGUCUCUAAGUCUAGGGUGUUUUCCCAGAGUCAAAGUGGUGCAUACCUCUUCUAAGUACGAGGGUCAGGUCUACAUACCCGAAAUCAACUACUUGCUCAUGAUUGCUUGUGUCAUAGUCACCGCCGCCUUCAAGACAACCGAAAAGAUUGGCAACGCAUAUGGCAUCGCGGUGGUUACUGUAAUGGUGCUGACUACCUGUUUGGUGACUCUGAUUAUGCUAGUCAUAUGGAAGACAAGCAUAUGGCUUAUCGCUCUUUUCUUCGUGGUGUUUGGUGUCAUAGAGAUUGUGUACAUGUCAUCCGUUAUGUACAAAUUCACCCAAGGUGGUUACCUUCCCCUGGUUUUCUCUUUGUGCCUUACCAUAGUCAUGGCUAUUUGGCAUUAUGUCCACAAACAGAGAUACGUUUUUGAGCUCAAGAACAAGGUGUCCGCUGACUACGUAAGAGAAUUGGCUUCCAACCCCAACAUAAACCGUGUCCCAGGAAUGGGACUUCUCUACUCUGAGCUUGUACAGGGCAUUCCUCCAAUCUUUACUCACUUCAUCACUAACAUUCCCUCCAUUCACUCUGUUCUUGUCUUUGUCUCCAUCAAGUCCAUUCCCAUCAGCAAAGUUGCACCUGAAGAGAGGUUUCUCUUUCGCCAAGUAGAGCCCAGAGAGUAUCGCAUGUUCCGUUGUGUCGUCAGAUAUGGCUACAAUGACAUCAUUGGAGAACCGAAGGAGUUCGAGCUCCUGUUGGUGGAAAACCUCAAGGAGUUCAUUCGAAAUCAAAACUUCCUCAUUGAAGCUACCACUGAUGCUGAUAGCGGAGCGGCUGCUGUGCCUGAUACGACCACAUCUGCUAUGGCGAGCAAAGUCGAAAAAGAGGCCAACAGGAAAGCAAGAAGAUCAUCUACGUCAACAAUUCACAUCGAGGAAGGAUUGGGAGCAACAUCAUCAAUUGAUCGAGUCUCGUCGGCUUCCACCAUGCCAUCUUUUAACAAGUCCACACACUCUUCAAGCCGAAUAGUGUCCGCACCCCUGCGGGGAGCUGAGGAGGAGAUGCAAUUCGUGCAGCAGGCAAUGGAUAAAGGAGUGGUUUAUCUGUUGGGAGAGGCAGAAGUGGUGGCUGCUCAUAGAUCCUCCUUUCUUAAGAAAAUGGUUGUUAACUACGGCUAUAGUUUUUUGAGGAAAAACUUCAGGCAAGGGGAGAAAGUCAUGGCAAUCCCUUCAACGAGGCUUCUUAGGGUUGGAAUGACAUAUGAGAUAUGAUCACAC